AUGAUAACUCAUGGCAACGCGUCGGGGCAGCGAUCGAUGUUGUUCUAUAGCAUCAAUUUGUUAUCAUCAGAUAAGCUGUGGCCCGGCAAAGUACUCAGCGACGUACCUUGGGAGAGCGACUACGCAGUUAUGGAUGAAUACCACGGCGACUGGAACACGGCUUCUCGGAAAAUAGUGAAUGCACUGAAACCGGAAGCCCGAGUCUCAACGGAAGUGACGUUGGGCAGCGUAUGGAGUGCAGUGUUGGGUGCGGUCUUCGGCGCCGGAGUUGUCAUGAUAAUAGCUGCUCUAUUGUUCGUCUUUCGGCGCCCGAAGAAGCAGGAACACCAGCUGGCACCUAUUGAAGUUGGACAAAAUGUGAGUAUUGAUUAG